AUAGAUGACAGUACACUCCUCUCCCUCUCAGCCUACAGAGCCAUCCAGACAUACAGCUAGAGAAGCAGCUGGUCAUGGGGAAUUGCCCGAUCAAAGUAUGGUCCAAUAUGCCAACUCUGAAGAAUCCAACUGAACCUGCAAUGUCAGACAAUAGCAGGCCCAUGGUGGUAUCCCUCUAUGACUUCCCCUCCCAAGGUCCCUUGGAAUCCAGCAUUCAUAUAGGGGAGAGCCUCACGGUGUUAUUAGACGAUGGGGAUUUUUGGAUGGUGCGAUCCACAACGACAGGCAAUGAGAGUUACAUCCCCAGCAACUACACUGCCAAAGUAAUUAACAGGUGGCAGUAUAAUGGCAUCAGCAGGUUGAAGGCAGAGGAGCUGCUGCUGCUGCCACACAAUCACACAGGGGCUUUCCUGAUCCGAGAGAGUCAGACAAACACAGAAACCUACUCCCUCUCAGUCCUUGUGAAGAUGGACUCAUAUCUGGCCACAGUGAAACACUACCGCAUCUGUCGCCUCCAAAACGGCUGGUUCUACAUCUCCCCAAGCCUCACCUUCUACUCCCUGGGCCAAUUGGUGGAACACCACUCUGAUGACAUCUAG